ACGGUUCUUUUUUUUUAAUUUUUCUACUUAAUUUUCUUCAGGCUGUUUCACUUUCGAAAAAUAAAGUUUGAAAGGGUAUUUAAGUUACUACCCAAAUUUGUAGCCUCGAAGUUUGUUUAUUCAUGGGAAACUCUCACUUCAACCUUUUUUCGACUUGAAUUUAUUAGCGUGACACCUAUGUCACAUAAUACAUGUACAUUACUCCUACGCUCCAAAUAAUGGCAUUUUGCUGUAAAAGCGUUGUUUUUAAUGGUGAUGGAUAUUGGAUCGGUUGUCAACAGUCAGUGAAAUUUAGUUACUGAAGUUUUAAUCACGUUAUUAGUGGCAAUAGUUGCGUAGGUAAAACAAAUCUUCAGUAAAAGUGGGUUAGAAAAAGUUGUGGGAUCGUUGUGUUUGAUUUCCGAAUCUUUAAUAAUCUCGAAACAUUGACUUCAUGAGGUACACCCAUUUUGAACGUCUCGGACCAGGAAUUACCCCGCCCAUUUUCCCAACUUAACAUUGACAUGAAGGAGGGUGUUCAUUGUGUGACUUGUCAAAACUCCGUGGUCCAAUGAAAUGCAACGUGGCGUGGGCAGCAGUUGCUGUCUCCAUUCAGUCCGUCUGUCACGGACUCACUAAGCCCACUAAGCGAGGCACGUGGCCCACAGGACGCGCGAAAUAUCAACAACAGCGCAGUUUGUGUAGGUAAGGGGAGGUUGGAUAGGCUCCGUGGUAAUCUAGCCAGGGACUGUGGAACGAAAACACACUGAAGUAUCGGCUCCUCCAAUUCCACAUCAAGGUCAACUUGCACUUUGGAUUUUAUCUUAAGACAUCUAUUUAAACCAGGAAGCAGGCUGUGGUUUGUAAGUCCGGUGUGUCUUCUUGAAGCUUCUCUCUAUCAUGAAAAGAGACACUGUUGCAGAUUUCGAUUUGGUAACCGGCGUCUUCAAAACGAUGUCACAUGCUGCUGACUUCAGUUACACUAAAGACUUUCCAUUUUGCCAGAGUGUUCCGAAGUGUGCCGGAUGUGACCAAUCCAUCCUAGAUAGAUUUAUUCACAAAGUUCAAGAUCGUUCGUGGCAUGCAAAGUGUCUCAAAUGUGUGGAUUGCCAGAUGCAGCUCAACGAGAGAUGCUUUACAAGAGGGGGACAAUUGUUUUGCAAAGAUGACUUCUUCAAAAGGUAUGGAGCAAGGUGUGCUGCCUGUGAUCAAAGUAUUGCUCCCAAAGAGAAAGUACGCCGAGCUCAAGACAAUGCCUAUCAUCUGCAGUGCUUUGCUUGCGUUAUGUGUAAUCGGCUGUUAGCUACGGGGGAUGAAUUUUAUCUCAUGAGCGACAACAAACUCGUGUGUAAGAAUGACUUCGAAGUGGCAAGGAGCAAAGAAGUUGAGAUGGAUAAUUCCAAUAAACGUCCUCGGACAACCAUUACAGCGAAACAACUGGAAACCCUAAAGACGGCUUAUUCCAACAGUCCCAAGCCAGCGAGACAUGUUCGAGAACAACUUGCUCAGGAAACCUGCCUAGAUAUGCGAGUCGUGCAAAUCCACCCUAAAGGAGGAAACAUGCAAUCAACUCAACUCUCCAGUCCCGCCAAAGUGUGGUUUCAAAACCGAAGAGCGAAGGAGAAACGUCUGAAGAAAGAUUCCAAUCGCCAACGUUGGGGACAAUAUUUUCGAACGGUCAAGAGAGGAAACGAGAACAGUAGUCCUGUCCUGAGCGGACAGGAAUCACUUGCAUCUCCCAUUAAGCUCGAAACAAGUGAUGAAAAGCUGGACUUUAAAGAGACAUCAGAAGUUAAUCCCGAAAGACCUUUGGGAUUUUCGAGUCAUGACCAGAACACGUCUACUAAUGGUCCCCAAGCCAGCCACUCUAAUAGCUUUCUCAACGCACGGGAGAGCUACGGUUCCCCUCCACCGUCAGUGACCGGAGUUUACUCGCUGAACCAUUCCCCCAGCCUUCCCGUCAGUCAGCCAAGCAUGAUGCCCAGUAUUCCUUACAGUGACGCGGGGAUGCCUGGUUUGCUCAGCACAGCCAGUCAUGGCUUAGGAGAAGCUAUGAGAGUUAUGGUCAGUUCUGUAGCUGAUCUUCAACAUGCGCCCACACCAGCUGGCUACCAAGACUUUCCAAGCCAACAUUCCUGGAUAGAGCAAUCCCAGUAUUAGUAAGUCAAACUCAAUGUACAGAUAUUAUUCAAAAGGCUUCAGUGUGGCGUGUAGGAAAAUGGUUUCUUACAUAAGAACACAUUAAAAAAUGGAAUUAACACCUACAAAUUAGACUGUUGUAAGUAGAGUUUGUCCAUUAAUGAUACAAGAAGCACUACAGAGAAUUCUGUAAAAUAAAGUUUGCAGAUACGGCAUUGGAGAUGUUAAAGCACUAUUGUUGACAUCAGGGUUGUGAUUGAGGCACAUGAGAGAUAUGGAUUAUUGUAAUGUCACGGGUAAAAAAGAAGGACAAUAACACUGACCCAUUGAAGACUUGGUUUAUAUUUGUGAGAAAACCUAAAUUUUUGUCCACUGAGACUCACUUAUAUUUACACAUGUUCACAUAUUUGAAAAAUCCGAAGACAAAUACAGACUGAGUUAUAUUACAGAUUUAUAUUACUGUAUUAGGACAGUGUUAUUUGCCAAAGCUAUACAAGCCACGACGACAGAGAAAAUGUAACAUGCAUUGGUUCAAAUAUUCCACAUACUCCAUAGAUCUACAAUGUUCCUCAAAAUAUUGCGGAGAAACGUGUUGAAUCUUCUCCACGUUAUCCUUAUGUGUCUUGAAAAGAAGACGAACACAUGACACCUGACAGUACUUGUUAAAGUUAUCGGCAUUGUAAUUCAGUCCUUUUCCCUAGUCCGUCAAGUCUCAAUAGUCAAUACCACGGCUUUUCUGACGGACUAAGUCUAUUUGGAGUAUAUAUAAACGUUUCAGUCCAUGGCCCCAACGCGACAGGAAUGCAAAUGAAGUAUAUUACCCAGUAUUAACUUGUGAAGGGACUCGUCCUUCGUCUAUAUUCCGUCUUCGUAAACACCUGUGCAUUUUUAGCCUGUACUAACCGGAAUAGCCUUCGUACACACGUCACAUUUUCGUGUUUAGUGGGCUUCGUUAUACUGCACCUUAUUGUAUUCCAGUAUGUCGUGUAAUCGAUCAGGGCUCUUCUACAGUACGUGUAGGCCUAUGCCGGAAAACAGCCCAAAAUCCAUGAAUUAUUGUUAACUCUCCUUCCAUUUCAAUACGAUUUGCCCAACCAAUUUAGAAGGCAGAAACAACUUUAAGUGACAAUCGGCGUGAAAAAGGGGAAAAAUAUGAGGUCGACAUCACAGAACUUAUACUGAGCUGGUAAUACGUAUCGUGUGGUGUGUGGAAUGUUUGAAGAAAUCACUUCUAACAAUUAUAAUUUUGACGUAAAAUACAUGUAUAGACAUGAAAGCGAAAGGUACAAGUUGGAAUAACGACUGUCUUCAAACAGAUAUUGUUUCUUUAGCCAUCACGGUUUGCAACAUUGGCUUCCACAUACAGCUGUGCUCCAAAUUCUUCAUACCCUCUGGAAAAUAACAUGCUUUCUAAAUUCUUCAUUUGCAAAAGCUAUUAUGUUGGUACUUCCUUGCAAUACACAAACCCACAAGU